AUGUUAAAUUUCACACAGAAACGUAGUUUGAACAACAAAAUUAGCUUGGUGAUUUAUGUGUCUACGGUUAUACUCUUGAUUUAUUUUUUCUUACAACAAUUUGCAGCUGAAUUUUCACCACAAGUUUUCAAUUUUGAAUAUGUAUCACCUAAACAAGAAUUCUUCAAAGAACUAGACGAACAACCAUUAUACAAGCUAACUGGUUUCAAUUUCCAACCAACAAACCCAGGUCGUAUUCCUUACAACACCACUGUUCUUAAACAAUUAGACAAAUUAGUCCCCUAUGAUCCUUCUGAACAAAUUCCCAAAAAGAUUUGGCAAAUGUGGAAAGUGCCACUAGACCACGAAGAUUUCCCCGACGAUUAUAAAAAAUAUCAUCAAACCUGGGUCGAUAAAGCUCCUAAUUAUGAAUAUACAUUAAAAACCAACGCCGAGUACGAUAUAAUUAUAAAUGAAUUAUACGCUGAUAUCCCAGAAGUACUUCACGCUUACAAUAUCAUGCCUCAAACUAUCCUAAAGUGCGAUUUCUCGAGGUACUUACUCUUGUUUUUUCAUGGUGGGAUAUAUGCCGACUUGGAUACCUUGUUGUGGAAACCAAUCGAUGUUUGGAUUACCAAUCAAAGAAAAUAUUUAAACCGUCCCCUUGAUCCAGGGAUCAUUGUCGGAAUAGAGAACGACAAAGGCGCCAGGAUUAACAAUUGGACAAUCCUUUCUAAAAGGGGACAUCCUAUGAUUGCUGAAAUGAUUAACCAAAUUACUGAACACACCUUAUGGAGAGAAAAAACCGGUCAACUAGAAGCAAUUUUUAGAAAUCCAAAGGAUAAUGUUAUUGAUUGGACUGGACCCGGGAGGUUUACCGACAUGACAUACAAAUAUUUGAAUAAUAUCCUUCAAACCGAUUUUAAUCAUUUUGAAACUAUUGUUGAUUAUACAUUCUUGGCAUAUAUAGAACUUCCAUUCAAUUUGGGCGACAUCAUGGUAUUACCCAGAAACUCGUUGCGUGCCAAAAUAGAUAACCCGCUUGCAUAUGUAAGUCAUAGAUUUGCAGGAGAAUGGAAGAAAGAUCAAAACCAAAAGAAAAAGGAAGCAGCUGGAAAUGCAACCUGA